GUGGACGACAUCGCGUCAGCGUCUGUGGUCCUAUCCGAAAGAGCAGAACAGUAGAAGCUUUUUUUCGCUAUCUCUCAGACGUUCUGUGGGGGUACUCGUCUCCGACGGCCCGGGACAAACCAUUUCUCGUUUCUUGGAAGCCCAGCGAGAGAGAAUGACGCCCCUGCUCGCCUACUGGAACAUACGCUCCCUGGGACAGCCCGCGCGCAACCUGCUCGUCUACAAGGGGGUCCCGUUCGAGGACAAGCGCUACCAGCACGGGCCGCCGCCCCAGUACAGCCGCGACGAGUGGCUGCGGGAGAAGUUCAGCCUGGGCUUUCCCUUCCCCAACAUCCCGUACUACGUGGACGACGACGUCAAGAUCACCCAGAGCGUCGCCAUACUGCGCUACCUGGGACGGAAGCACGGCCUGGCCGGCAGGAAUGACCAAGAGACCACGGAGCUGGACGUGCUCGAGCAGCAGGCACGUGACAUGUUUCUCGCCAUACCGUACCAGGCGGCAAACGUCCCUGGAGGCCAAGGAGGCCUCGAGUGGUACGCGGAGAACAUGGGCUACGUGCUCGAACCGUGGGCCACGCACCUGAGCAACAGCACGUGGGCUCUUGGGGACAGGCUGACCUACGUCGACUUCAUGCUCUACGAAGGGUUCGACUGGCACCGAGAGCUCAAGCCGCAGGCGCUAGACCGAUACCCCCAGAUCGCGGAGUACUUGCAGAGAUUCGAGGAGCUUCCCAACAUCAAGGAGUACUUCGCCUCGGACAAGUACAACAAGUGGCCCAUUCUGGGGCCCAUGCGGCCGUGGGGCAACAGGAAGUGAGAUGUAUAUACUGUGGAUGUAGGGGUGUGGGUCACCAUAGCGGCGGCGCCUUGACCAUUAUGCUACCUUUCCUAUCUACCUUAAUGUCUAUCUCAAUGUCAACCGCUUUCGUGGCGUCCAGCCAGAAAAAUAAAUUAACUCGGCGAAAAAAUAAUAAUUGAAAAGUUUAAAUUCUGUGUUAGUGCUGGAAAUAUUAUCCGAUCAACUUGUGGUUCAAAUAACUAUGGGGGCACCUAUGCAAUUCUUACGAUGCGUAAAUGCGAGAGCAUUACUUGUCACUGAGUUAUGUCGUUUAGUUUAGUGCUGCUGCGUUAGUUCCAGAGUUUAACGUUGCUGCUUAUGAAGUCGCUACAACGCAAGACGUCAUCUGUCAGCUGAGUUUUAUUUGCGGAGUUCUCAUUAAAGUAGUGGUUCACGCACAUUGUGCCGAGUGUUCUUUCUCGAUGACA